AUGGCAGGAAAACAGCGACAAAAGGCCGGCGUCGACACCGACGAGGAAGAGGGGGAGAAGGAGGCGGGGGAGGAGGAGAGGAGGAAAGCACACAAAAAAAGGAAGCGAAAAGAGCAGGACAAGGCUCGAAAGGCAAAGAAAGCAAAGGAGAACCUUGCCCUGCCGCCAGGAUCCUUGGCACAACGACCGCCAGACGUCCAGGCAGACCACCUGAGAAAGCUGCUCAAGUCUUGCCGAGCCUUUGCUAAAUUGUCGGAGCUCGAGCUCGAUGAAAUUGGAGUCUCAGAGAAAAUGCUUGUCGAUUCAACAUCUGUCGAGGUCGAGCGCGUGCUGGAACUGCUUCCUCGAUUUCUUGAGGGAGCAAUGCCCAAGGCCAUCGAGUCGGCCACGCACGCCGACCAAGGCUCUGGGCCGGGCCAGGUGGUCAUCCUCGUCGUGACUGGCAAUGCCCAGCGUGCCGCCGAUCUCGCGCGACCGCUCCGGCAGCUCAGUCCGCGAUUGACACCAGUAAAUGGGAGAGGGAAGAAGGAUGGAAAGGAUGAGGAGGAUGGAAUGGAAUCGAAGGGCCAGGGCCGAUCUAAGGCCGCGUCCGAAAAGGGGGACAAAAGGGCACCGGUGGCCAAGCUCUUUGCGCGCCACUUCAAGAUGUCUGAGCAACAGGCCUUUCUCUCUUCCCACUUUUCGCCCGUGGCCGUCGGCACGCCACAGAGGCUCGCAGAUUUGAUCAAUUGCGGCUCGCUCCACCUCCAGCACUUGACGGCUAUCAUCCUGGACGCAAGCUGGGCGGAUCAAAAGAUGCGAACACUGCUCGAGGGCCCGGAGACGAGGGAGGCCCUCUUCCAUCUGCUUACGCUCGCACCGAUUCGUGAGCGGAUUUCCUCCAAUGGUUGGCCAUCUCUUCUUCUCUUUUAA